GUAGACGUGUGGUACUGCGCGAGGCGGCGGCGCGCUGUUUGGGGACUGCUUGCGGGUUGGGGUUCCCAGCCCGGUUGCUGCGACUAGGGCGUUAUGUCAGACAACGAAGACAAUUUUGAUGGUGAUGACUUUGAUGAUGUGGAAGAGGAUGAAGGGCUUGAUGACUUGGAGAAUGCUGAGGAGGAGGGUCAGGAGAACGUUGAGAUCCUCCCCUCUGGGGAGCGACCACAGGCCAACCAGAAGCGAAUCACCACCCCAUACAUGACCAAGUAUGAGCGAGCUCGCGUGCUGGGUACCCGAGCGCUCCAGAUCGCGAUGUGUGCCCCUGUGAUGGUGGAGCUGGAGGGGGAGACAGAUCCUUUGCUCAUCGCCAUGAAGGAACUCAAGGCCCGAAAGAUCCCCAUCAUCAUUCGUCGCUACCUGCCAGAUGGGAGCUAUGAAGACUGGGGGGUGGAUGAGCUUAUCAUCACUGACUGAGUUGGAGCUCUUCCUGAUCACGCCCAAUUUUGAUGCUCACUUUAUACAUGUAAAUAAUAAACUGUUGAACCUU